CUUUCCUGAUCUACACCACCCACCUGAUCCACACCCCAAACUAUCCUAGAUCUGUCAUUGUGAGAACCAAUGGGGCUGUUGUUCCCAUUCAGUGUCGUUAUUUGAGGGAGGGCAAUGUGAGCAGUAACCCCAUCAAUCCCACCUGGAUCCCAUUCAGCUCCACCAGGUCUGGAGAACGCCAUCUGUCAUUCUCCCUACGCCUAAUGAAUGGUCCAAAAGCUGAGGACUCCUUUUCAACCUUUGUGUUGCCGAGAGACAGGCAGGAGCCAGACAAGCUCUGGUGUGACCUGGAUGCCUUCCGUUCCUAUGGAGAUGAGCGUUCCUUCGGUUUCAUCACGUGUCACCUGAAAGUUGCGGCAGUGGAUCAGGAAGAUUCCAGGAACAAAGCUUGUAUUUUCCGGAAGCUGCAGAAUAU